AUGGCUAUCCAAUUCAUAUUAUGUUUCAAUAAGCAAGGUGUUGUAAGAUUAGUGAGGUGGUACGAAAUGUGUAAUGGGGGUAUGAAUAGAAAUGGUAACGCUGUAACAAACAACAAUGCUAGUGAUCCAAGUUCACCACAAGAUCUCAUUGCGCAAAUUUAUAGACUGAUAUCAGCUAGAGAUCAUAAACAUCAAAGUAAUUUUGUUGAAUUUUCAGAAAGGACAAAAUUGGUAUACAAGAGAUACGCUGGUUUAUAUUUCGUGAUGGGAAUUGAUCUUCAAGAUGAGGAACCCAUUUACCUGUCGCAUAUACAUCUUUUCGUUGAAGUGCUAGAUGCAUUCUUUGGCAACGUGUGUGAACUGGAUAUCGUAUUUAAUUUCUAUAAGACUUACAUGGUUUUGGAUGAAAUGUUUAUAGGAGGUGAAAUACAAGAAGUAUCUAAAGAUAUGCUUCUGGAGCGUUUGAGUACAUUAGAUAGAUUAGGUUAG